UGGAAUGGAAGUGAAUAGAAAUGGAUUUCUGGCCAGAGUAUCUAGCGAACAGUUGGGGCAGAGAGUUCAUUGCAGGAGGAUUCGGGGGAGCUGCGGGCGUAAUCUCUGGUUACCCUCUGGACACACUGAGGAUCCGUCUUCAACAACCUUCCAAUCCCACCAGAUCUGCUGUCGGCCUCCUUCGCCGGAUCGUCGCUUCUGAGGGAGCUUCUGCUCUGUACCGUGGCAUGGGCGCUCCAUUAGCCUCUGUCACCUUCCAGAAUGCCUUAGUAUUCCAAACUUAUGCAGUCUUAUCCAGAGCAUUUGAUUCAUCAACCAACAACAUAAAUCCCCCAUCUUACAAAAGUGUGGCAUUAGCGGGCUUUGGAACAGGUGCCCUACAAAGUUUUCUGCUUAGCCCUGUUGAAUUAGUGAAGAUACGCCUCCAAUUACAACAGACAACCGGAGGAUCACCCAAUCACCAUGGAAACGAUCAUUGGAGAAGUCCAACUAGUAUGGCUAAAUACAUUUUCAGAAGAGAAGGGGUGAGGGGAAUUUUCAGAGGACUCAACAUCACUGCCCUUCGAGAUGCACCAGCUCAUGGGUUCUACUUCUGGACCUAUGAGUACACGCGAGAGCAACUCCACCCAGGGUGUCGAAAGAGUGGUCAGGAGAGCCUCAAUACGAUGUUAGUCGCAGGAGGACUUGCAGGGGUUGCCAGUUGGUUGUGUUGCUAUCCAUUGGAUGUGGUGAAAACCAGACUUCAGUCACAAGUACAAUCCCCAUGGGACAAUCCUCCACCCAAAUACCGUGGCAUCAUCGAUUGCUUCCGCAAAAGCGUCCAAGAAGAGGGCUUUCGUGUCUUGUGGAGAGGUUUGGGUACUGCCAUCGUUCGAGCUUUCGUGGUGAAUGGAGCCAUCUUUGCUGCCUAUGAGGUAUCUCUUCGGUGCUUAUUUACCAACAAUAACCAUGGAAGCAUUCAAGCAGAGAAGAACAGACUUUGGGAGAAACCCGUUUAAUUUCCUCCACAGA